UCUUUCUUUCUUUUUCCAUAUAUCAGAAAUGGUCUUGUUCCUUAGCCAGCCUGAACUCUGCGAGGGUGUUUUUCAGGGAAUGUUGCAGGGGAUAUUAGAAAAAAGAAAGGCAAAGAGACCAUACAAACCGUAUGGAUCUGAAUGGAAACGCAUCAAAAUUUUGGCAUGUAGGAAUUGUAGAACCCCCUUCUCCUCUACUUUGACUCACCUCAUAGAGGAGGUGAAUCGCCUCGAUGGGAAACCCUACCCAAAUUUUUAUCAUGUUAAAGAAGGGGCAAAUUUGGAGAUCCAAAGGCCUAGAAGUUUUCAUACUGCCCAUCUCUCCAAUGGAAAAUCAAUACUGUUAUUGAGAGUGCUCUGCAUUUCAUGUCGUGUGUUAGCUGGCUUCCAAGUGUGCUAUCUGGACGAGAAUAAUGAAGGUCGAGGCUUAAACUUCGAUGUUAAUGCUAAUGGUCGAGGUCGAGGUCGAGGCUUAAACCUCGAUGUUGGACACUACAUUCUGGAUGCUACAUUGUUCGAUUCCAUUCCGUGAGUACGUGAAGCAAUUAGGGAAGAAGUAGUGGAAUUCCUUCAAUAAAUUUUAUUUUGUUUUUGGACUCUUUCUUGAUGUGGGAAUGGAAUUUACUGAAGCAUAAAUAAAUAAUCAAAUGAGGUCCAGUGAAUGGAUUUUAUCGCCU